AUGGCCACAGCCCUGCCCUGGGCCACCCCGUCUCUGUUGCAGGUCAUUGUGGGGAGCAUUUUCGAAGUGGUCUGGGCGGCCAUCAAGCCAGGGACCUCCUUCGGCAUCAGUGUGCUGCGGGCGCUGCGGCUGCUGAGAAUCUUCAAAGUCACCAAGUACUGGAGCUCCCUGCGGAACCUGGUGGUGUCCCUGCUCAACUCCAUGAAAUCCAUCAUCAGCCUGCUCUUCCUGCUCUUCCUCUUCAUCGUGGUCUUCGCUCUGCUGGGCAUGCAGCUCUUCGGGGGACAGUUCAACUUUCAGGAUGAGACUCCGACAACCAACUUUGACACCUUCCCUGCCGCCAUCCUCACUGUCUUCCAG